AUGCUCAAAUCUGAUCACAAGAAACACCUCAAGAAACACCAGCAGAGACUUACAGGGAAGAAACCUCACCGCUGCGUUGACUGUGGAAAGAGUUUCACCUCUUCAGCAAAUCUUAAAACACACAAGAGAAUACACACAGGAGAGAAGCCUUACAGCUGUGAUCAAUGUGGGAAGAGUUUUCCUAGAUCAGACCAGCUGGUAACACACCAGAGAAUACACACAGGAGAGAAACCUUAUAGCUGUGAUCAAUGUGGGAAGAGAUUCACUCAUUCAGGAAGCCUGGCUGGACACAAGAGAAUACACACAGGAGAGAAGCCUUUUGGUUGUGAUCAAUGUGGGAAGAGAUUCACUCAGUCAGGAAGCCUGGCUGGACACAAGAGACUACACACAGGAGAGAAGCCUUACAGCUGUGAUCAAUGUGGGAAGAGAUUCACUCAUUCAGGAAGCCUGGCUUUACACAAAAUAAUACACACUGGAGAGAAGCCUUACCACUGUUCUGACUGUGGAAUGAGCUUUACUACUUCAGGGGAUUUAAAAGUUCACCAGAGAAUACACACUGGAGAGAAGCCUUUUCCUUGUUAUCAUUGUGGGAAGAGAUUCACUCAGUCAGGAAACCUGGCUUUACACAAGAGAAUACACACAGGAGAGAAGCCUUACCACUGCUCCGACUGCGGAAUGAGCUUAACCACUUUAAACGGACUUCUAGUACACCAGAGAAUACACACUGGAGAGAAGCCUUUUGGUUGUGAUAAGUGUGGGAAGAGAUUCACUCGGUCAGGACACCUGGUUGAACACAAGAGAAUACACACAGGAGAGAAGCCUUUUGGUUGUGAUCAGUGUGGGAAGAUAUUCACUCAGUCAGGACACCUGGCUAAACACAAGAGAAUACACACAGGAGAGAAGCCUUAUAGAUGUGAUCAGUGUGGGAAGAGAUUCACUCAUUCAGGAAGCCUGGCUUUACACAAGAGAAUACACACAGGAGAGAAGCCUUUUGGUUGUGAUCAGUGUGGGAAGAGAUUCACUCAGUCAGGAAACCUGGCUUUACACAAGAGAAUACACACAGGAGAGAAGCCUUAUAGAUGUGAUCAGUGUGGGAAGAGAUUCACUCAUUCAGGACACCUGGUUGAACACAAGAGAAUACACACAGGAGAGAAGCCUUUUGGUUGUGAUCAGUGUGGGAAGAGAUUCACUCAGUCAGGAAACCUGGCUUUACACAAGAGAAUACACACAGGAGAGAAGCCUUACCACUCCUCCGACUGUGGAAUGAGCUCAACCACUUUAAACAGACUUCUAGUACACCAGAGAACACACACAGGAGAGAAGCCUUUUGGUUGUGAUCAGUGUGGGAAUAGAUUCACUCAGUCAGGAAGCCUGGCUUUACACACGAGAAUACACACAGGAGAGAAGCCUUUUGGUUGUGAUCGGUGUGGGAAGAGAUUCACUCAGUCAGGACACCUGGCUAAACACAAGAGAAUACACACAGGAGAGAAGCCAUUUGGUUGUGAUCGGUGUGGGAAGAGAUUCACUCAGUCAGGACACCUGGCUGGACACAAGAGAAAACACCACACUGUUGGGUAACCUUUCCACUUUUGUUAGCUCAAUCCAGUUAAUGGUAGACUAGUGUACACACACCGGAGAGAAGGCCUACAGGGUGAGUUUUGCCACCUCAGGCGUUCUUAAUGUGGCCUUCCUUAGUGUAAUUUGAUGUACUGUCAACAAGGGGUCCACCCUCUGAUAACUUUAACUAUCCAUUAUUUCCAGAUUUCUAUUAAUUGCAAUGUGAGUGAAAUAGUCUGUGUUUGAAUGGUGUGGGCGUACGUACCCCAACAACAGAAUGGUGUGGGUGUUUCCCAACAACAGGAUUGGUCAGCACAGAGAAAGCAGGGCGGUAGCUCCUCCCCGUCUCUCUGCAAGUCUAUCGUUAGGGUUAAGGCAAGGGUCCGUUUAACAUGUUGACUAGUUGGGAUGUGGUCAGAAAAGUCCCUUAAGUCGCUGCCGUCCCACAGUCUGUUGACAGAUGCUAUGAUACCAGUUAAGUCUGUUCACCAGAGAUUACAGAAAUGUUGGCAGGUAGAUUUCUUUGGUUUGCUUAGCGAGCAAGCUAGAGGGAUCUGAAGACUGAUAACAAUGUCUGAGGACAAUUCACCAUCACCAUGAUCAACCCUGUCUACCAUCCAACUCACCAUGAUGAACCCUGACUACCAGGCA